UUUUAAAAUCAAUCCAGCUCCGUAUAUGUCAAAAGUUUUUUUUUUAUUAUGACCUAAAAUACUAAAAAUUUAACAAUGAUGUCAUGACAUAUUUGCUAUAAUGCAAACCUUAGUACAUGCAAUACAUAAAUAAGCUCUUUGCAAGAUAAAUAAUGGAACAAGAAAUAUUUAUAUCGAAAUUUGACAUAAAAGGAGAGUCAAUUUAUACAAAAAUUACGUGGAAAGCCAAUGGAAAUGAUUUAUUUCUUAUGAACGUUUUAGUUAAAGAUGCUAGUUGGUCUGGUAACUAUUCAAAUGAUACUGCUAACAAAUUUAGAGAACUUACUGACGAAGAUGAAACCCAAUAUGAGAAAAAUGUUAAGGAAUGCUUAAAAAAUUGUGAUAGUCAGUAUAUCAUUGAUUUUGUAGCAAAUGCAAAUAAUACUGCAUUAUUUUGUUGGAAAAAGAAAUUCGAGGGCUCUACAGCUGUUCUUAUUCAUGGUAAAGUAACUUUGCUCUUAGACCAGCAACCAGAAAGAAAAGAUCAACUUAUAGACAUUUUAUUAAAAGAAAAUAGCAAAUUGCAACAAAUUAUCAGUAAAUGUAAGCAGGAUAGUGAAAAGUUGAAUUUUGAUCUUGAAAAGUCCAAGAAGGAACUCGCAACCUUUGCAGAUCAAAAAAUAUCCAUGGAGACCACAUUAUAUGGUAAAUUUAUACAAUUAUUAAAUGCUAAGAAAAGAAGAAUACAGCUGUUGGAAGAUAUCUUGAAAAACAAUGAAAAGAACUAAAGUAAUAUGAGUGGAUGUUAUAAAAAUCUACUGAU